ACAAAUGAUUCCCUCUUCAUUCACCACGCAAACUCCUAAUUAUGGCCACAAAACCUCCUUCCCUUCUUAUAUAACAAAGCAUUCCCUUCUAAUACCUCAAAACUAGAAAAAUAAGAGAGAGAGAGGGAGACUGCAAAGAUGGCUAAGGUGACGUGCAGUGGUCCGGCCUGUAUGGUGGUGGUGGUGUUCUUGGCAUUGGUUGUUGAAUCCAAGGCACAGAUAUGCGGGAUGAGCCAAGACGGAUUCAAGGCGUGCCAGCCCUCUGUGAGUGAUUCCCCGCCCUCGCCCACUGACCCAUCUAAAGCGUGUUGCAAGGCUCUAGGUUCAGCCGACCUUGGGUGUUUGUGCUCCUAUCGAGACUCUCUCCUCCUCCCCUAUUUCGGAAUCGACCCCGACCUUGCCAUGCAGCUCCCUGCCAAGUGUAACCUCGCGACUCCACUUCAAUGCCAAGGAAAUUAGCUUGACAAGAGGUUCUUACGAUGUAGUCGUCAUAAGUGUACUCCUCGAGCUUCCAACAGCUGACUCGAGCAUAGUUGUUUGUUGGGAAACCACAUUUUCUUUUCAUGAGAUGUGUUUCUCAUUUGUAAGCCAUUUAUAAAAUAAUCUGUUUCUUGUUUUUAGGUUAAGAGAACUUCCAUGUUUCUAUUUCAAUCUCAGGAACGUCCAUGUUUCUUACUCCUCUUUAA